CGCGAAGCAACACGUGUGAAACAUAAACAGCUGUUUACGCCGCUUAAUUUUCUAUAGGAAGCAAAACAAGAAAGUUCAUAAAAUAAAUAUCUAAAAUGUCUGCGAAUAAGCAAAAGAAAUUAAAUACAAUGGAAGUAGACCCCAAUGAGGAGGACUCCAGUUCUAGCGAAGAUGACGAUGACGACGAACCGCACCCAGAUGCUUACAGAGGCAACGAGGAGGUGCAAAUCGACUUCGAGGGUCGUGCUCCGGUGGAUCCCGAUGCCCAGGGUAUCUCCCAGCUACUGCAGCGUUUGUUCCUGCGUGCCCAUAUCAAUUGCAAUCAAAUGGCGGAUCUGAUCAUUGCUCAAAACUACGUGGGCAGUGUGAUCUGCCAAUGCGAAGAUGAGGGCGCCGAGAGCGAAACGGAUGACGACAACAUGGUCGAGGAUGGAACUGUGUUUGGUAUCACCUCCGUGCUGAAUUUGACCGCCAAGAAGGAUCAACCCAGCAUCGCCCAGUUGAGAACCUACUUGCUCGAUCGCGCAAAGUCGCACGCCUCAGCGCAAGUGCAGCAGAAGCUCAAGGAGAUCCUGGAUAACGAGCAGCACCACGUGGGAUUCCUGGUCAACGAGCGGUUUAUAAACAUCCCCGCCCAGAUCUCCGUGCCACUUCUGCAGAACUUGCAACUAGAAAUCGACGCCGCCAAGGCAAAGAAAAUGAAGUUUGACUUUGGCACUCUGCUGCUCCUGGUUAAAUUCUACAGGAAGGAAGCCAAGAAAGGAAAGCCUGCCGAGGACAACUACACGAAUGCCGAGGAUGAGUUGCUGUCGGAUCGGGCCAAGUUCUCCUUUGAAUAUUCCGUAGCCUCUGAAACAGACUCGGGGAUGUCUGGAGAUUGGCUGGAAGGCGAUGCUGUGAUGACGCCCUACAGGAAGCUCCUGGUUCUGGAAGCCAAACAGUUGCCACAGCUAAUUGACGACAUACAGAGAUUUAUUAAUGGAGAAUAAAUGCUUUUCUGUUUUAAGAA